AUGUCUAACCACGAAAUUGAUACUAUAUUGAGUACUUUACGUUUAGAGGCUAACCCUGAACUUUCUUCUUUGUUUGAAGAAUUCGAAUCAUGUUAUGAACAAAAAUUAUGGCAUCAAUUGACAUUAAGUUUGAAAAAAUUCUUUGAAGAUGAAAGAGCUAUACCCUUACGUUUAAGAGUAUAUGAUACAUUUGUUUCAAAAUUUAUUGAUAAAAUCAAUCAAUUAAAUGUUAUUGAAUUUUUAUUAUUAUCAUUGAAAAACAAUUCAAAUUAUGAUGAAUCUAUAAAUUACUUAAAUCAAUUAAAGGAUGUCUUUAAAAUUACAGAUGAAAAGAGAACAAGAAAUGAUGGUUUACCAAAUCAUAAUGAUGGUCGUUUAUUAAUUGAUAUUGAAAUUGCAAGAAUAUAUUUAUUUCAAGGUGAUUUAGUUAAAGCAAGAGAUUCUCUUGAUGAAUUUGAUAAAAUUUUAGAAUCUGUUGAUACUUUACCAUUAUUACUUGUUAAUACUUUUUAUUCGGUUAAUGCUUUAUAUUAUAAAUUAAAGAAAGAUUUCAAUAAUUUUUAUUAUACUUCUUUAUUAUUUUUAUCAACAAUGGAUAAAGAAUUUGAAAUGGAUUUAACUUCACAAGAAAAUAGAGAAUUAGCAUUUGAUUUAAGUAUUGCAGCUCUAUUAGGUGAUAAAAUUUAUAAUUUCGGUGAAUUAUUACAACAUCCAAUAAUGUCAAGUAUUUCAAAUAAUAAAGAGUUUGAUUGGUUAUUUAAUUUAUUAAAUGCUUUAACAAAUGGUGAUUUUGAAACUUUUGAUUCAAUAAUUAAUUUACAAAUUCCAAAGACUCCAAUAUUAGCUGCACAUGAAUCAUUCUUAAGACAAAAAAUUUGUCUCAUGACUUUAGUUGAAAGUGUUUUCUCAAGAAAUAUUAGAACUUUAUCAUUUGAUGAUAUUGCAAAAGCAACACAUUUACCAAAGGAUAAUGUCGAACAUCUUGUUAUGAGAUCUAUAAGUUUAGGUCUACUAAAGGGAUCUAUUGAUCAAGUUAACGAAAUUGUUAGUAUUACUUGGGUUCAACCAAGAAUUAUAAGUUUUAAUCAAAUUGAAAAAAUGAAUGAUAGAUUAUAUGAAUGGAAUGAUCAAGUAUCAAGAUUAGGUGAAAAAUUAGAAGAACGCGGAAGAUCUAUUUGGGUAUAA